AUGAUGCAAUCGGUCAUUGCCAUUGUGCUCUUCGCAGCUACAGCUAGUGCCAUUCCCAGUCGUUGUUAUGAGGGGAUAGUCACUGGUCCCUGCAGGGCAAUGCACGAGAGAUACGCCUACGACCCAGCCAAAGGUGAAUGUGUUCGCUUCAAUUACGGCGGUUGCGCUGGAAAUAACAACAACUUCAUGUCAAAACUCGAAUGUCAGCUAGUGUGUAAGGAGCAAGGUUCCACUUUUCCGGGAUCCAGAAAGGUCAUUAUUAUCCCAGGCUAUCGUCCGACUGUGAGAGUAAGACCGAUCCCAUUACCUUCCUAUUACCUGGAUUCCCCAAUCGAACGAAAUUUCAACGAACCCAACUCCUCAGGUCGACCAACAGCAUGCAGUCUUCCAAUAGAAACCGGCAUGUGCCUUGCAGCAUUCCGUCGAUAUGCUUUUGACGAUACCCAAGGUAGAUGUGUGUCGUUUAUCUACGGAGGAUGUGGAGGAAACAAAAACAACUUUGAGACUUUGGAGGAGUGCGAAAAUACAUGUCUUAAUACCAUUACGUCACGUUGA